AUGUCAGAGGUUAGAGGUGUUAGACGUCGUGCCUUCCAUGUAACAAACAAAGGCUCAGAUUCAGACGAGAGCGAUUGCGACUCACGCCCGGUCGCCCACUCUUGGUUUUCCCAUCUAUCUUCCCCUACGAACUCCUCAGCAGAGAGAGAGUCUCCCCCGACACCUCACGAUCCCCCAGAACCCACAUAUCCUCCGGAGCAACCUAUCAUCCGUCCUGCAAAGGUCCUUCAAACUAUUGUACCACCACCGUUUCAUCCCCCAUCGUCUACAGUUCCUGUUAGAAAUGGCCUCCCAAAGCGUCCUCCAACCCCUCCUUCAUUAUCUCCACCAGAACCCCAUACGUCCUCAAGUCCCCGUCCGAGUCUCACCAUCACUGACAAAACCCUCAUUCUAGUUACCUCCGACUCUUCUUUGUACGCCAAUGUGGAAAUAACUGGAGCAACGAACGCAGCUUAUAUCAGAGAAAAAAUCUUUACAGCACUAAACAUUUUUGACGAUGAAGAUCAAUCCCGUUUUUCAAUUUAUCGUACCGAGAUCGGUCAAUAUGCCAUAGGCGAUGCCUAUACUGAUGAUAGGCUUUUUGAGCUCUGUCGCACUGCUGGCGAUUCGAAAGGCUCCCUCGUGCUACUCGUUUCCCAUACUUCCGCCAAUGUACAUGACUCUUCUUAUCGACCACCCAUACAACCCGCACAUUCCUUCACACCACCAGUCCUUCCCCCACAGCAGCAACAACAAUACGACAAUCCACCUCCACAGCCCUAUCCUCCAUUAUCAUUGCAACCACGUCGUUCAUCCAGGUCACGGCAUGGCAGCGUAUCCUCUACAAGUGAACAUGCUGGCUAUGAUGCCGAUCUCGAUAAUCCAGAUCGUGACAACAACCAUCGCAACACAAUACGUCCUCCCCCACACCAGCUCCUUACCGGCGCUUCAGUGCCACCUCCUUCAUCCCCUCUUGCCAAUCGCCGUCCCAGUGCUCCUCAAGCCAGGUCCGGUAGUCCGCCAACAUCUAUGCCCAGUAACGUUCAGGUAGAACGUAACAGGGAAAGAGAAAGGGACCCACAUAUUGAAAAAUUUGGAAACGGAUUACAGGUGCCUCUCCCACCACCUCCACCCCUCUCACCGAACCGUCCAACGUUUGCAAACGAUGACACCUCGUUGACCCCGCGUAUGCACACACACGCUCGUGCAGGAUCGGAAACUGCUGCGGAACAGCCGACUUCUGACCAAGUGCGGGAUUGGCGCGUUCAACCGCCUUUCACGAGAAACCGACCAGAGCCGCAUCGUCGACCAGUAAGACAAAUCACGGACCACGAUACCUUAGGACGAGCUGAGUCGUGGGUGAUGGUUCCCUCUAAUACCAAAGUACCAGAAGAACCACAAACCCAGCAGUCUCCAGCUCCGCAAGACAAUACACGCCGAUCACCAGGUACUUCACGGGCAGCUCGACAGCAAAUAUCCUCUCCCCAACGCUACAAGGCCACUUCUCCUUACUCUGGUCGCGGCCUUAAUAUCCCUCCACCUCCAAGAAAUGCGCCCCCACCUGUUCCGAUAAAUGGUUCCGAAACUCAUGGGCGGCUAACAUCUCCUUCACGACCCGCAGGUCAAACCGUACCCGCCAAUUGGACGGUGACCUGGAAAGGAGAACAGAAAAUGAAGGGCGCAAAGAGUAUGGAUAAUUUAAGGCUCGCGUCGUCGUCGUCUUCUCCCUUUGGUGGUGUUAGUUCCUUCAAUCAUCCUUCUACCCUUCAACCUGGUGGUUCGCCAAUCGGGGUGAGACGGCCGCUGAACUCAAGUACCCAGCCUUCUACGAGGACGAAUGGCAGUGGGCCUUUCCUACCCGCCCCCAGUUCUUCGUCUACGACUGCGAGACCUGUCAGACCUUUACCCGUUCAAGGCGGUCCAUCACACAGCCAAUCAAUGGAAUUUACUUCAACUACCAACAAUCGCCUGCCGACUACAUUUACAUCCGCACUGUCACCAAGUCAAGAUCCCUACGCUCGCCCUCAAUCCGCAUUAGGGAACGAUUCCACUGUUUCUCCGCAGAGAGGGCAACAGCAGCGACCAUAUCAAUUACCUGUCACUUUUGGGGGAGAUCCAUCCGACUCAGUUCGUUCACCGCGAGCCCUUUCUCCCACUCAACAUCUUCUCCCUCAUACCAGCAGUUUAGCUUCACGGUCAACGUGUACUCUUCAUGAACGACUGACACCGCUACCUACCCCGCCUCAACCACCUCGCGUAUCUCCUCCGCGCAGUCCGACCAGCCCAAGAAGUCCGCCGAACCAUCCACUCGAUAAGUCUGCUGCAACCGUUUCAGAUGAUUGGCUCGCUAAGUUUUUUGACGCGACGGAAGGUACAGGAACUGUUGUACCACCUCAAAGGACAACUGAGAAACCACCGCUGCCACGCCCCCCUAUACCUGCGCCAUCUUACGUUAAUUCGGGAACCAUCCUCUCGACGAGGUCAACGCAGUCUUCAUAUGAAGAUUCGGAUAGCGAUGGCUCAGGCGGUGGCACUUGGAUCAAACCGCCGGCCCCUAAAUCACCGCAAAGAGGUCCGCCACUCACCUUGAGAGUCGAUAGCUUACCUUCGACAUCUUCUACAUCGGGUGGUCAUCCACUACCGGUGCCCAAUCCGAAGUCGUCAAGUUCUAGAAGUGAAAUUACUACACCACCUACAACAACGGCACCUAACAGACGACCUUCUGGGACUCACAAGAGCACGAAAAGUCGGAUGCGCGGCAGCACGUUCACUACGGUAGAGGAUUCUGGAUGGGCAACCAGGCCCCCACCCGAAGAUAUGUACGAACGUCUGGAAGAAUUCUUUCCUGAGCAUGAUUUGGAUAAGCCCGUUAUUGAAGCCAAUAGCGGUGGGACGUCACCCACCGCUGUGGACCUACCUCCUGUACCUGCUGUGCCUCCCGCACUCGCGGCUGAAGUUGGGACCGGGAAAUCACGUAUCAAAGCGAAGAAAUCGAUACGGAUUGUUGCAGAGGAGCACAAGAAGAGGAUUGACCGCACUUCAAGAGCGUUGGCAGCAGGGGUAGGAGAACUGGAUUAUGCAUCGUUCACGAAUAAUAUGCUAAGGAAGAGAAGUACGAAAUUGUGGGGAAGCAAGUUGGAGGAGGUUACGCCUAAAGCCAGCCCACUACAUCCAGAUUCAUCUCCUGGUGGACCAACGACGUUUAAAUGGGUACGUGGCGAGCUUAUUGGGAAAGGUACCUAUGGACGUGUGUAUCUGGCUUUGAACGCAACAACGGGAGAAAUGAUGGCUGUGAAACAAGUUGAUUUACCUCGAACGGCCAGUGAUAGGAAUGAUUCUAGGCAGAUAACAGUCGUGCAGGCAUUGAAAAUGGAGAGUGAAACGCUGAAAGACCUCGAUCAUCCAAAUAUCGUACAGUAUCUAGGAUUUGAGGAGACACCAGCAAACCUUAGCAUCUUUUUGGAAUAUGUUCCUGGUGGCUCAAUAGGCAGUGUUUUGCUCAAGCAUGGCAAAUUGAGCGAGGAGACCACGAAAUCUUUCACUGGGCAGAUCCUCAGCGGACUGGAAUACCUUCACUCCAAAGGUAUACUCCAUCGAGACUUGAAAGCGGACAAUAUCCUUGUGGAGAUGAGUGGAGUGUGUAAGAUCUCCGACUUCGGUAUCUCGAAGCGGACCGCGGAGAGUAACGGAGCAGAGACAGCUAUGCAGGGCACCGUGUUCUGGAUGGCGCCGGAGGUAGUCAAUCCGCAAGGGAAGAGCUACAACUUUAAAGUCGACAUUUGGAGCGUGGGCUGUGUGGUACUGGAAAUGUUGGCGGGGACACGACCUUGGUUGGGAGACGAAAUGUACGCGGUCAUGUUCAAGCUUUACCAAGAAAAAGUGCCUCCACCAGUACCUAAAGAUGUGGUUCUCUCAGAGCUUGCGGAUGACUUUAGGAGGAAGUGCUUUGCGAUAAAUCCGGACGAGCGUCCGAGUGCGGCUGAGUUGCGAAAACAUAAAUAUUUGGAAUUGCCACCAGGAUGGCAAUUCAGCGGAUUUCCGUUGAAAGCACCAUAA